CUUUUCCUGAUAUUCUGACAAGGGCAAUGUGUCUUGAGAAACCAAUAAUUGCCCCUGACUUACCAAUAAUCAAGAAAUAUGUUAAUCACGGGGUAAAUGGGCUUCUUUUUCCAAAGGAAAACAUAAAGGCGUUAACACAAAUAACAUUACAAGUGGUUUCCAAAGGAAAACUAUCAUCUCUAGCUACCAAUAUUGCAUCAACCGGAGAAGACACUGCCAAAAACAUGAUGGCUUUGGAUUCCAUUGAAGGGUAUGCUUCAUUGAUAGAAAACAUCCUUCACCUUCCCUCGGAAGUUGCAUCUCCAAGGGAAAUAUCGGAAAUUCCCUCCGAUAUCAAAACAAAGUGGCAAUGGCAUCUUUUUGAAGCUAUUGAAGAUCGUGAAUACGUAAAUAGAACUUUGAGGAUUCAUCAUUUGUUAGACAAAGUCGAAGGUCAAUGGAACCGUGCUCCAAGGGCAAUUUCGGAAAUUCCAACAAAUGAUUCCUUUAUAUACGAUUUAUGGGAAGAAGAAAAAAGAGACCAGAUAAUGAAAGCUAGAAGGGCAAGAGAAGACGAUGAGGUGAGAGAUAAAAGUGAGCAACCAAGGGGGACAUGGGAGGAAGUGUACAAAAAUGCGAAAAAAGCUGAUAGAAAUAAGAAUGAUUUGCAUGAGAGGGAUGAUGGGGAGCUUGAAAGAACAGGUCAACCGUUGUGCAUCUAUGAACCUUACUUUGGUCAAGGAUCUUGGUCUUUUCUCCACACUAAUUCUCUUUAUCGGGGGAUUAGACUCUCAACAAAAAGUGGAAGACCAAGAAGAGAUGACAUUGAUGCAGCUUCUCGUCUCCCUCUUCUUGAAAGCAGGGGAGUGCUUAAAAAGAGAAAAGGACAGAGUGUCUCAUUAUCUUCAUUCCAGCAGUGA